UCCAAUUAAAUCCCAUCCCCAAUUUCACAAGAACCAAAGAAACCCUACUUUUUCGAUCAUGGCCGCGCCGCCGAACAAGUCCCCAAUUUCGACCCGACCCGGCCCCAUUUCCCGUAACUCGGAGACCGCCAACCCCGUCCGGCGAAGCUUCACCGGCAACCCCUUCGCCAAGCCUUCAAUCGUCGCCAAUUCAAGAACUCCCGACCCGAUUUCCCCCGCCGCCGCUCCUUCAGAGACGACUCCACGGCGGAGCUCCAUGGGGAGAGAGAUGGUGGUGAGUUUUCGCGACUCGGAGGACAAAGAGAACGGGAAAGAUUCCGGGAGUUGGAAGCAAAUCCGGGUCCGGUCGCCGGCGGCGAAGAAUUUCAUGUCGCCGACGAUCUCCGCCGCCUCCAAGAUCAACGCUUCGCCGAGGAAGAAGAUCCUGGCCGAGAGGAACGAGCCGGUUCGGACCUCUUCACCGUCCGUCUCCGAUUUCAAAGUCAAAAGAGUGACCUUUGCUCCGGCGCCGACGGAUGUGGUAUAUUCCGAUCAGCACCAGGAGGUGGGCCCCACAACAACCCCUGUGGCUGCUUCUGCGGUGGUUUCGGAACCUCCGAAACUUGAAAUGGGUGUUGAAGAAAUGGUGCCUCUGGAGUGCCCUGAACCUGUUUGUGAAAAUGCCUAUGAUAUUGUGAAUCUUGACCCCAGUUUCAAGAUUAGUCCUCCUCCGGCGGUGUCGUCGGAGCAGGCCAUUGUGCCGCUGGAUGCAGACCCGUCUGCUCCUCCUCCUUAUGAUCCCAGGACCAAUUACCUUUCGCCGAGGCCGCAGUUUCUUCAUUACAGACCAAACCCGAGAGUUGAGUAUUAUCUGAGUAAGGAUGGUGAGGGCAAGAGGCUUGAGGAGAGCUUCAUUUCAGAGAGCUUUUCGGAUACUGAGGAAACACACUCGGAUUGUUCUCCGAAGGGAGUUGAAGAUGUUACUUUCUCUGCUGAGGUGGUAAAGGAGGAGGAGGAAGAAGGAGUAAUGGAGGAUGAGGAGGAAGAAGUACCUGUGUCGGAACCAAUGCCCAUCAUUAGCCCCAGCACUGAGGCUGUGCCAAAGGAGGAGGAGGAUGUUGAAGUAGUAGAAGAGUGCAGGGAGCCACGCUUCAGCUGGAUAUCAAAGUUCAUUGCUUUGAUAAUGGUUUUGGCGGUUGCGCUUUUCGCAGUUUCUGCUGUUGAAGUAAAUGUUGAGGUUUGGUCUGCAAGCUCUGUGUCUUUUGUUUCUGAGUUCGUUUCGAAUAUCAGAGGUGCCAAGAAUGUGGGUACAUUGCAAUAUUAUAACCUCACUUUGAUGGAAGAUGCUCGGGUUAAUGAGUAUUCGGUGUUUGAUCAAUGUAACAAAGAAAUGGAAGAAAUGGGUGAGUUUGAUGUGUUUGGAAAGGCAAUGGGAAAUGUGGUCGAGGUUGAGGAUUCAGAGGAAAAGGGUCUGCAAGAGAUUGGAGCGGCUGAAUAUGAAGAAAAAAUGGAUCAGGAGGUUGGUCUGGCAGAGAUUGGAGCAGCUGACUAUGCUGAACCAAUUGAUCAUGGGGCUGAAGUACAGCACAUUGAAUGUUUGGAAAAUAACAAGCCAGAGAUUGGCGCUGAUGAACAAGUGGAGGAACCUGUUGAGCAAGGGAAUGAACAAGUUGAGGAUACUGAAGCCUUGGAAGAGGAAAUGAGACCUCCAACAAUUGUAGCAACUGAGAAUUCCGUUGAAGUACAUGCUGAUCCAGACUUUAAGGAAAUGGCUGAACCAACUAACAUGGAAGAGUUGGUUUCACAUUAUGAAGAUACUGCUGAAGAAAAUACUGUUGUUGAUUAUGCACAUUCCGAGCCUGAAAGUAUUGCAAGCUCAGAAGUAUUGAAUGUUACAUCUGAGGGGGCUGCUGACAGUAUGGUUUCCAUAAUGAGUGGGCUGGGAAUUGCAGUUUUGGUUCUCACAUUGGCUGGAUUCACAGCCAUCAUCUAUAUGAAUAAACGAGAGAGCUCACCUUCAAUUCCUGCAAAUUAUGCUGUUAAUCCAUUGGUGAACAAGAAAUUGGCCGGAAGUCCCAUAGUUCCAGUUAGCACUGAGCACACCUACUGUCCCUCUGAAAUGAGUAGCUUCCAGACUAAUUCAGUGUACUGCUCAAAAGGACUAAAGGCAUCAGAGGAAGUAGAAAGCCAGGAGAAGAGGGCCAGGAAGAACAGUAGGAGAGACUCCGUGGCUUCAACUGACUCCUCAAUGGGAUCGCCAUCUUAUGGGAGUUUUACAACUUACGAGAGAAUUCCAAUUAAGAAGGGAUAUGGAGAAGAAAAGAUUGUAACUCCUGUCAGGCGCUCGAGCAGAAUUAUCAGAAAACAAGUGACCUCGCCUUGAUGAAAAAAAUGCAAGUCAUCUAUCUCUUUUAUCCCAUUGCCCUACUCUGCAAUAUAGCGAUUCCCGAGGGACUCACUGUUUAGCUUGACUGGUUGUUGUAGUUGGAUAACUUGAUAUUAGGAGGAAAGGUCUACGGUAGGAGUGUCUAUUAGCACUAAUUCAUUAGUUGAAUGACAUUGUAAUCUCCUGCCAUUUUCUAAUGGUUUCUGUUAGUAA